CUGAACAUCAUCUCCGUACUAUUACCCUCGCGCAUCGUCAUCAUGUCCAUGUCCGGCUUGAGCGCGUUCCUGACCGCCACGGGGGCUCUCCCUCCCGCCGGCCCGGCCACGAACCUCAUUGCCGAGCGCAAGACGAUAAUGUCGGCCUUCUCAACGCUGGAUUUAGAGCUGCAAAAGGGUCCCAAUGGGGAGGUCGUCGUCAACACAAAGUCGGCAGCGCGAGACCUCCUCGACGCGCGCAAGGCUGAAAAGCAGCAAGAAUCGUUGUACGAACAAAAUGCCCAGUUCCAUGCCAAGCAAGUGCUGGAGAACAAGCCGCCAGUGGUCGUGACGGCGUUGACCCAGGCCCUGGACUCAUUUGCCGCGGACACGGACGACCGGUUUCUCACCAAGGCGUCGGUGCUGCCCGGGUCGAAGAAAGGCCGCAACGUGUCGCGACGAGCACGUGCACGCAACGACUCGAACAAGGAAAAGAUGGAGAACUACUCGAGCAAGAUUAAAACCAAGUCCACGAUGCAAGUCAAGCGCGCCGAGCGCAAGGAAAAAUACAAGCAUAUCUACUAAUGCUGCUGCCCUAUUUUAUACCUAAGUACUACACACGACCCCCCUCGAGAUUGCA